UAGCUUCAACGAAGGAUCUCCUUCCCUAAGACCCCAACAUCUACUCAUCCCCAACCUGCGACGAUUUGCAAAGCCUCUUCUGCCUUCUGGUUACUUUUCCGCUCUAGAGCUUUGAAUCCCAGUCGGGUUAAACCCAUCUCAAAAGCCCAACACGGCCCGCAUCUCAAUCCGACCCGACCGGGAAAGCUCCCCAAAACCCCUAAACCUUAGGUUUUAGAGCAGCCAUGGGUGCUUCCAACUCCAUUAACAGACCAGACUCAGCGGCCACCUCUCCCCCAAAGCUGGAUUCAAUUCCGUCCGACUCCAACUCCAACUCCAUUCCCAUGUCCGAUUCAGCUACCAAAACCCAGCCGGAAGAGCCCCAACCGGUUACAAAACCCUCAUCGGAAGCGGCGGCGGAGAAGCCCGAUGCGGCCGAACCGGAGAUCGGAGAGGAGGAGGAAGAGGAAGAGGAGAAAGGGGAGUGCGGGUUCUGCUUGUUCAUGAAAGGCGGCGGGUGCAAAGAGAGCUUCGUGGCGUGGGAGAAUUGCAUAGAGGAGGCGGAGAAGUCGAACGAGGACAUUGCUCAGAAGUGCUUCGACCUCACCUCCGCUCUCCGGGAGUGCAUGGUGGCCCACCCAGAUUACUACGAGCCCAUUCUCCGCGCCGAGAAGGCCGCCGAGGAGGAGGCCAUCAAGGAGCUCGACAAGGAGAAAGAGAAUGAGGCGCUUAUUGAAGUGGGGAAUGAAAAGGAGGUGGCGUCAGAGAGCACAAAAGCAGCUUCGUCUGAGGGGAAGCAAUAGUCGGAAAUAUAGUAAUGUUGUUAUUUAUUGUCUUCACAUCUAAUUGUUAGCGAGCAAUCUUGCUGAUUGGGAAUUUUGGUGUAGUUUUAAGCUGCGGAUAUAAAAUCAUCUUUAGUGGGAGCUAUUGAG